AUGGAUCCUCACAGCAGCCUGAACCGUCUGCAGCUGUGUGACGGAGCCACGGAGUCGGCAGAUGGCGGCAUCGAGCUGCCGGUUCCUCAGCGGACCUGGAUCAGUAACGUCACCUGUGAUUCGUUCCACAUCAGCUGGGACAUGGACGGACGGGGCCGAGAGAGGAUCUCUCACUACUUCAUCGACCUCAACAAGAAGGAGAACAAGAAGGAGAACAAGUUCAAGCACAAGGACGUCCCGACGAAGCUGGUGGCGAAGGCGGUUCCUCUACCGAUGACAGUGCGAGGUCAUUGGUUCCUGAGUCCUCGCACAGAGUACACCGUGUCCGUCCAGACCGCCGCGAAACAGCCGGACGGAGACUACGCCGUCUCUGAGUGGAGCGAGAUCAUCGAGUUCUGCACCGCAGAUUACUCCACCGUCCAUCUGAACCAGCUGUUGCAGAAAGCCGAGGCGAUCGCCGGCAGGAUGUUGCCGUUCACCGUCUUCUACCGAAACCAGCAGAAGGACUACUUCCAACAGGCCAGCCCGUCGUAUCGCUCCAGAGACGCUCAGUGCCGCUUCAUGUUGCCGGCGCUGAAAGACGACAGCGGCAGCAACGGGUCGCCCAUCAGUGGCAAACUGGAGGGGGUGUUCUUCAGCUGCAGCACGGAGUUCAACACCGGGAAACCCCCCCAGGACUCCCCGUAUGGACCCUUCCGCUUCCAGAUCCAAGCUGACGUCCUCUUCAACCAGAACACCAACGUCUACUUUGGGGAUUUCUACUGCAUGUACACGUCCUACCACUACGUCAUCCUGGUCCUGGCUCCCGCCGGCUCCGUUGGGGAUGCGUUCUGUAAGGGGAGGCUGCCGGCACUCAACAGGUCCGACAACCGCUUCCUGAGCUGUGCCGAGGAGGAAGACGGCUUGCUGUCGUUCCGUCACGCCCAGGACGUCAUCUUGGAGGUGAUCUACACGGAGCCGGUGGACCUGUCUUUGGGGACGGUGGCACCGAUCAGCGGGCAGCAGCUCAUGAGUCAGUCCACCGUCAACGCCAAGAAGGACCCCAGCUGCAAGAUCUGCAACAUCAGCGUGGGACGUUAG